ACUACACUCCUGCAGCUUCCAACACCGCUCCUGCUCCUCAGUAGCAGCGCAGUUCACGUGGAGGACACAACUAUGAGAGAGUAGCUAGCAUGCACAGACAUUUAAUGUAACUAGCUAAAUGGCGCCUGUCAAAAGGAAAUUAUAUCAGCGGUUGCUGUUCUUUGUGGUUUUCCUUCCAAUCUCAGGUGUUUUAUGCUUUAGUGAGUUAUUUUUCAUCAAAGAGCCCCAUGAUGUCACUGCCAUACGGAGAGAAGCUGUUAUUUUGGACUGUCAGGCGCACGGAGAGUCCCCUAUCGAUGUCAGAUGGCUCAAGAACGGAGUAAAAGUGCUGGAGAACGAACGGGUGUACCUGCUCUCCAAUGGCUCCCUUUAUAUUUCAGAGGUGGAGAGCAGAAGAGGAGACAAAUCAGAUGAAGGGCUCUAUCAGUGCCUUGCUCAGAACAAAUAUGGCGCAAUCCUGAGCCAGAAAGCCCGUCUUACAAUCGCAAGUAUCUCAGCUUUUGCAAUCCAGCCAACGUCAACAGUGGUGACUGAAGGCUCAGUCGCCAGGUUUUCCUGCAAAAUCAGUGCACACCCUCCUUCCAUCAUCACUUGGGAGUUCAAUCGGGUCACAUUACCCCUUGCCACUGAAAGAAUCACAGUCCUGCCCAGUGGUGUUCUUCAGAUCCACGGGGUGCAGCGGGCAAAUGCUGGAAAUUACCGCUGCAUCGUCACCAACAUUGCCAGCCGCCGCCGAAGCACGGAGGCCACCCUCAGUGUCACCGCAGCUCCCAAGCCCCAUCCUCCCCAGAGGCCACGCGUCAUCGCCGGGCCACAGAACAUUUCAGUGUCGCUGCACCAGAGUGCCAUCCUGGAGUGCAUGGCCACAGGCAAUCCCCGACCCAUCAUCUCCUGGAGCAGAGCGGACAGCAAGUCUAUUGAUGUUUAUAACACAAAAGUGUUGGGAAAUGGCAACCUCAUUAUCACAGACAUCAAACUUCAGCAUGGAGGAGUCUAUAUGUGCAGAGCUACCACUCCUGGCACUCGAAACUAUACAGUCGCUUCAGCCAAUAUCACUGUGUUAGCACCACCUUCCUUGGUUGAGUGGCCAGAGAGCCUGACCCGUCCACGUGCUGGCACCGCCCGCUUUGUCUGUCAAGCUGAAGGAGUUCCAACGCCUGAAAUCACUUGGUUUAAGAAUGGAGAGAAAGUUCAAUCCAAUGGUCGAAUUAAGAUGUACAACAGCAAACUGGUCAUCAACCAGAUCAUCCCUGAGGACGAUGCCAUCUAUCAGUGCCAGGCAGAGAACGAGCAGGGGUCGGUCCUCUCCAUGGCGAGGCUCAUUGUGGUGAUGUCUGAGGAUCGGCCGAGUGCUCCAAGGGAUCUCCGAGCUGACACUGUGUCGAGCUCCGCCAUCCUUCUGGCUUGGGAGAGGCCUCAGUAUAACGCAGAUAAAGUUAUUGCCUACUCAGUGCACUACAUGAAGGCUGAAGGAUUAAACAAUGAGGAAUAUCAAGUUGUCAUUGGAAAUGAUACAACUCGCUACAUUAUUGAUGACCUGGAGCCGGCUCGCAACUACACCUUCUACGUGGUGGCCUACAUGCCCAUGGGAGCCAGUCGUAUGUCGGACAAUGUGUUCCAGCACACGCUUGAGGAUGUUCCACUCCGCGCCCCUGAACUCAGCCUCACCAGCCGCAGUCCUAUGGACAUCCAGGUGUGUUGGCAGCCCCUUCCAGGCAAGCUGAGUCGUGGCAGAGUCUCCGCCUACCGUUUGUCCUAUCGCACCAGCACUGAGAAUACAGUCUCACAGAUAGAGCUACCUGCAGACAAGACCCAGUAUCUCCUGGAAAACCUGCAGCCUGACACCAUCUACCUCCUGCGUAUUGUUGCUGCCACCAGCGUUGGGUGGGGUGAGCAGUCUGCCUGGACGUCCCACCGCACUCCGAAGGCAUCCAGUGCUCGAGUUCCGAUGGCUCCCGAGCUGCAUUUGGAGCCUUUAAACUGCACCACUAUCUUGGCGCGCUGGCAGUUGGCACCCAGGAACUCAGUCAGUGUUCAAGGCUACAGACUCUUCUACCAUGAGGAGAGCCAGUCAGAGAGGGCCCCGCAUCAGCUGCGUGCCUUGGAUAAUACAUACACCAUCAGUGGCCUUGACCCAAGGAAGAAGUACCACGUUAAGCUCCUGGCUUAUAAUUAUGUCGGAGAAGGCUACCAGGCAGACCAGACUAUCAGCACCCCCGGAUGUGUCUCUGUUAGAGAUCGAAUGGUGCCCCCUCCACCUCCUCCACACAAUGUGUACACCAAGACCAACAGUUCGACCGCUGUGUUUCUGCACUGGGGUCGACCAGCCUUCACCUCCAGCCAUGCGGUCAACUACACAGUCCGCUGCAACCCAGUAGGCCUGCAGAACGCCUCCCUGGUGCUCUACCUGCAGACGAGUGAGCAGCGCCUCCUGGUGCGAGAUCUGGAGCCCAACACCAAGUAUGAAUUUGCCAUUCGCCUUCACAUUGACCAGCUGUCCAGCCCCUGGAGCCCUGUGGUCUAUCAGAGCACUUUCCCUGACGCUCCCACUCAACCCCCUUUCAAUGUAAAAGUGACUCUAAUUGAAGAGGACACAGCGUUGGUUUCAUGGAAACCCCCAGAUGAACCCAAUGUAGCUGUGACACAUUACACUAUCCUGUACGCCUCCAGAAACGCCUGGAUAGCUGGGGAAUGGCAAGUGCUGCAAAAAGAAGGAACCAUCACCAUGGCACUGCUGGAGAACCUGAAGCCUGGCCAGAUUUACUUUGUGAAAGUUUCUGCAUCCAACAACAUGGGUGAUGGGCCAUUUUCUCAUACGGUGGAGCUGACGGUCCGUGCAGAUCUCUCCUCUGGUCAUGAUCCCCGGCUCUCUCGUGGCUCCACACAGUCCACAGCCUUUUCUGAUGGCUUCUACCACCUGGACCAAAAGUCAAUGACAGGGAUCACUGUGGGAGUCUGCAUCGCUCUCAUCUGCAUCAUCAUCUGCGCUUUCAUCAUCAUCUGCAGAGGCAAAAACAGGAAAUUUUCAGCAGUUAAAACGCUCAGAGAAGGAGUGAACACAUCUGCAGGUCAUCUGGGCUCUCACGGACAAGCUGAGAACGCUGAUGGGAGCGUGCCAAUGAUGAGGGAAAACCAUUUCAUUGAUGCCAAGGGUGGAACAAAUCUCAUUAUCAAUUCUCUCGGCCCUGUUCAGCCCAGCACUGAGAAGAAAGAGAAAUGGUUUUCCUUCAGCAGUAAUGUGAAAAAGGACAGUAAAGCAGUGCAGAAUAUGAGACAAGGCACCGCCUCCUAUCAGCCCGGUACCACGGUGUUGACCUAUGAAGAGGAGCUGUCGAUGUCUCCAGGCCAGCCCACCACUCUGCAGGCCCUGCUCUGGCGUCCCGGUGACUCGGAGGGCUCCUCCAACAGCGAGGGCAGCCACGCCACCGGUGAUUCGGGUCGUUACUCUCACGACGAGACAGAGAUGACCAACCUGUCUUCUGGUACCGGCAGCCGCCCUCCUUCUCUGACAGCAGAGGACAGCGGAGGCUCGGGCUGCAGCGGCCCCCCUGAACAGUCAGUCCAGCUGAUGGAGGAAAGUCAGAUUGACCUGAAGUUAUUGGAGUCCGUCGAGAACGGCUGCUGUCAUCAUGAUGGGCAGAGCAGUUCCAAGUCUGCACUUUCUCUCCAAGUGUGUGUGCCCGAGUGUGUGUGAAACUGUGUGUGUCUGUGUGUGUGUGUGUGUGAAACUGUGUGUGUGUGUGUGUGUGUGUGUUGUGUGUGUGUGUGUGUGUGUGUGUGUGUGUGUGUGUGUGUGUGUGUGUGUGUGUGUGUGUGUGUGUGUGUGUGUGUGAAGGCAAUGGUACACUUGCAAAAAACUGCACUGAAGUAGAAAAUCAGCUGUGUACCCACUGCAGCUUCAUAUUGUUUGUAUAUUUACACUUACUUCUGGUGGAGAGUUAGAUGAGAAGAUUGAUACCACUCUUGUUUCUGAGAGUGGUAUAGAUCUUCUCAGCCAACUCUCGUGUACUCUACUUCAGCAUAUUUCCCAAAAUGUCAAACUCAUGUUAGUUUAUCUACGUCUUUGUUUAUCUAUGUAGCUGCCACCAACAGAAACCGGAAACAAUGAUGGCACUCAGAACAAUCAGAAAACAACAAAGCAUGACAGAGGAGAGGGAAUGCAGAUUUAGUAAACUAUUUUAAAAAGCUCUGACAGAAAGUCAGCUCACUAAAAUUCAUCAACAUAAACCUCCUGCAGUUAUUUUCGGUUGCAAGUGUACCGCAGGCCUGAAUGGAAGAAUUAGAGAGUGGUGAAAAGAAACAAGGAGAGAGACCUUUUUUAACCUUUAUCCUGUUUUAAACACAAUGAACAGAAAGCCUACAAAUGCCUUUUACAGUAUAAAAUGUUGGCAGGGAGGGGUCAUUUGAGUUCUUUUCUUUUUCAUUCAAUGAAUGUCUUUUUUAUUUUCUUUUUAUGUGUGUAUGUUUAAAAAAAAAAAAAAAUCUCACCCACCAUGAAUGUUUUAAAAGAUUGUCGAAAAUGUGACCUAAAGUGACAUUUCUGACAUUAUUUAAGAGAGUUUAUCACUGGAGCGAAAGGGAAGCGUGAGUCCUAUUCACUGAUUAUCUACCUCGGUUUACCUCCGGUAAACUUCCAUUGUAUAUUUAAUAACUACUUAUACCUAUGUUAUGUGAUGGGCUGCUUCAGUUCCAUUGCAUUUGAUACUUCCUGAUGACUUUUCUUCUGAUUGUCAUCCCAUUUUGUCUUUUUCUCUUACUUUGUCCUAAUUUUACUGGAUGGUAAGGGCGCUGCAGCUCUCUCCUCUUGCUCCACCUGUUGUGUGGACUGAAGGAUGGAAAACACACAUACAGUUUAUUUAUCUCCUCGGAUGUUGUUGAGGUACUGAGCCACUAUAAAUAGUAUUUUUUUGUUCACUGUGUCCAUUAUUGAGUAAUGGAUUGCAAAGAUGAUGAAUGUCCGCUUUUGUUUUCUAUGUCAGUGUGCAGCUGCCCUUGCUAUUCAUGUUUUAUACUACCUCGAUUAAGAAUUUAUUUUAUUGUCUUGUUUUCCUAAACUCAGGGAACAAAGUUUAGUACAUUUGAAAAGUCAUGUAGUGUUACAUGCUAAACUGACAGGGUAUCUUCUCAGUACUAAACUAUUGUAGUGUGUAAUUGCCUAAUAGAAUAUGCAAUGAAUGUAUCUCCAUUAUGUGCCAGUAGCUCAGAUGUUUGUGCUGCCCUACCCUAACAGAUGGAAACCCCCUCUGUAGUUUCUCCUCUCCUCACAGACUCUUUUGUUUAUUGACUUCUUCCUUUUUAUUCGUGUAAAGAUUCACACCAGAAGUGCUUGCAGUGGCGUGUCGGUACAGAAAAGCUUUAUAAUUGGCCUAAUGUGGGAAAGCAUCCCUCAGAUGCGGAAACCAAAACCUAAUCUUUCUGAGGGAGAAGCUCCAUGUGAGGAUGCAACACGUGAAGAAUGAUUGAUUGUAUUAAAAGCAAUGAAAGUGUUUAAUCAGAGAUGAAAGUGAAGAAUUGAAUGAACACAAAACUACAUUUUUGUUAGAAGAUAAUGUACUACUGAGUACACAUUGUAGUUACCUUUGUUCCAAGUAUAUAUAUAUAUUUUUUUGUUUUGCUGUAGAGUAGAUAAAGAUUAGCACUUGUCUGUCAAGUAGUUAUGUAUUAUCAGCCAAUGUGCAGCGGUGAAUGGCACUAUUGCCCAAAGAGUUGUUUGCUACUUGAGUUUAUUUUAGUCUCUCAACUAAUCUCUGGCAUAAGGUUGCGUAAAAAUGUGAAAAUAAUCGAAACACGUUAGACCAAAGAUGAAAACGCAGCCUUUGAGCUCAGUUGAGCUCCUCAAACAAAGCCUUGCACAUUAGUGGCCUUGACCUUCGACAAAAUAAGUAAAGAGAGUUGCGGGUUAAAACUCUGAGGAAGUGCCAGCAGGAUACACAGGCACUUAAUGAUGAUGGAGUGACAAUUAAUAAUCAAUUUUAUGCACACAAACCAAAAUAUCCUGUCGCAGAGUUACUCGAAAACUGUUGCAAACAGAUGUCUGUACAUUGUAGGUGAAAAUGAUUAAAUACAGUAUAUUAUAUUGAGUAGUGUCUGUGUUGCAACAGUGCAGUCGUGUGUAAAUGUGCACCCACUGAUUUUUUUACCUGAGUGAAAAUGUAUUUACAAAAGGAUUUAAAAGUUUGUAUUUGAGAGAUUUCCUCCAAUAGGACAUAUGUAAAGUACUUUUUUUAAACAAAAAAUAUAUGUGAAGUAUUUAAAUCUUAUGCCUUUUAUAUUGAUAAUUUGAAGAUCUCAAAUUAUUUUAAUUUCAAUUAUAACAAAGAGUAGAAAGGUCAGUGGGUGCACAAAUGUUUUUCACAUUUCUGUAUUUUUAAUCAGAGAAUUCUGCAGAGGAUUCAAUCAUGGGAAAUUCUUCGGGAUGAAAAGUGACACAAUCAGUUUAACUUUCUUUUGAAAAGCAAACAAUGUAAACCAAAGAUAUUUUUAAAGGUCACCGUUGCAUAUUGGCAUAUUGACAGAGAUCCGUUUAAAAGCAUCCUAUCUUUGUGUGAAAUGUUGUCAUUUUCAGUGUUCUCAUACUCAUGUUAUAACUGUUUGUGUCCUACUGUGAGAAGCAGGAUGAAAACUGUUUCUCAAUCAUCAAUUUCCACAAAAUCAAGUUUUUUUGUAGUCAUGUUGAUCAUGCUUUUGGAAAGUAAAAGAAGGAUAUACAUUUCCAUUUGAACUUGAACCAUAAUGUAUUUAUAUAUCCUAUAUUAUUCGAGCUUUAAGGGCUCAGUCCAGACUCUGAAAGAUCUAAGAUACUGACCUCCUGUUUCACAAAAAACUGCAACUGUUUGUUUUCAAGUCACGAUAAGUACACACACACACACACACACACACACACACACACACACACACACACACACACACACACACACAACUGCUGGAGUCGUACAUGUUCUGAAUUGGGCCUUUUGUAAGUCAUACAGGUACAUAAGUGCUACCUCAGGUUUUUAUUUUUUUAUAUUCUUGUGAAAGGUGCAGAUGCAAUUUACUUUGGUCAUUAAUGUCUGUAAGAUUUAGGUCAAGAUUAUUAAACAAAUAACCCGUCUCAUGAAUGGUAUUAUGUUGGAAUUAUGUACCUGUCCGAGCAUGUGAAUUUAAAGGAUAAAACACAGUCUUGUUUUCCCUUUUUGCUGAAAUGUUGUAUCAUGUUAGGUGGAGCGCUGCGGGUCAUUUACAGUCAAACUCAGGGGAACCCACAGCUGCUCCACCUUAAAGAGAAAGCAGGUUUCAACUCCUGAAAAUGAGUGUACCUUUUUGUAAUUAUUGUUUUCUGAUAUUUUCUGUUAAUGUUUUGUUGUACUUUGUCAGUUUGUCUUUGUCAGAAAAAUCACUUGCAAUUAGGUUUUUGCCAAAAAAUGUUUAGUUAGGAGAUUUUAGACCGCGGUUAAUUAUGUAUAAGUCUGAUUCUCAAUUUAAAUAAAAGUCUAAAAAUUGCAA